AUGGCCAAGUCGUCGCCGUACGACGAUCCUGCCAUUCUCAACAGAUUCCUUGACGUGAUCAGAGGCAAUGCCCAGUCUGCAAAGAGUGCGACCCAAUCCGAAAAACCCGAGUCAAAACUCAACCCAGCAAACCCAGACUUCUCUCCCAAGGUUAUCGUCGCCGGUAGUGACAGUGGCUUCUCUAAAACCAGCAGCCGUCCGGACGACUUGCAAUCGGGAUGUCAACAGGGAGCUACUGCAAGCCUUCUUGCACCUUACCAUUCUCCUUUCCCCCACGUGUCUAUUGCUCAGAGGACUGCUCCAGUCGACCUGGUCCAAGAUCAGAAUGGCAUUGUCACCGAACCGACAACUCCGCCCGCUGUUCAGGACAAGCAAAGAAGCCUCAUGCAAGAGCACCCCAAUACGGCCGCAGCAACAGACGGACCACCAUUUCUGACCCCAACACAGCAUCGACUCCUGGUUGGCAAGAAAUCCGGCGCCGAGCCCCUCAAAGAGAACAAGUUAGCAGAGCUAAGCCAUCAGACUCAGGGUUACAUGGAUAGUGUGAUUGAUCGAUUCCGAAAGUCAAAAGAACGGAUUCUGGGACAGAAUUCUGUAGCUAGUGGCCGUGUUGCUUUGGGCAAGUGCCAGAUCAUGCUUCUUCUUGCGUUUGCUAACUUUCUACAGCUCGAGACCAAGAGUCUAACAUGGACGCGACGGAUGCUGCCAUAUUCCACCAAAACGACGAGACGUCAAUCGGAUCUCGAGUAA